CUGUACUAACAUUUGGCACCAGUGCUGCAUGAGGGGUGGGAACACACCAAGCACAGGGUUUACCUGUGACCUGAACAUUUCCCUUCUCACAUUCACACACCAGAGACCCGCUACAGAAGAUUCAAACUGAGCAAAUCGCCUAAUCCUCCAAAUUCUUUUUCCUGGCUUGUUAGAGCAGCCAAGGAUGGGGUGGAGCUUAUGAAUAAAAAGCCUGCUUCGUUUUUCCCAUGCAGGAGAACAUGGCCAAGCGAGUUGCCAUUGUGGGAGCUGGGGUCAGCGGCCUGGCCUCCAUCAAGUGCUGUCUGGAAGAAGGACUGGAGCCCACCUGCUUUGAGAGGAGCGACGACCUUGGAGGGCUGUGGAGAUUCACCGAACAUGUUGAAGAAGGCAGAGCCAGUCUCUACAAGUCUGUGGUUUCCAACAGCUGCAAGGAGAUGUCUUGUUACUCCGACUUUCCAUUCCCAGAAGAUUAUCCAAACUAUGUGCCAAAUUCUCAAUUCCUGGAAUAUCUCAAAAUGUAUGCAAACCACUUCAACCUUCUGAAACACAUUCAAUUCAAGACCAAAGUCUGCAGUGUAACAAAAUGUUCAGAUUUUACUGUCUCUGGCCAGUGGGAGGUGGUCACUAUGCGUGAUGAGAAGCAAAAGUCAGCCAUCUUUGAUGCUGUCAUGGUCUGCACUGGCUUUCUUACUAACCCUUAUUUGCCACUGGACUCCUUUCCAGGUAUUAAUGCCUUUAAAGGCCAGUACUUUCAUAGCCGGCAAUAUAAGCAUCCAGAUAUAUUUAAGGACAAGAGAGUCCUUGUGAUUGGAAUGGGAAAUUCUGGCACAGACAUUGCUGUGGAGGCCAGCCAUCUGGCGGAAAAGGUGUUCCUCAGCACCACCGGAGGGGGAUGGGUGAUCAGCCGAAUCUUUGACUCAGGCUAUCCAUGGGACAUGGUGUUCAUGACACGAUUUCAGAACAUGUUGAGAAAUUCUCUCCCAACUCCAAUUGUGACUUGGUUGAUGGUGCGAAAGAUAAACAACUGGCUCAAUCAUGCCAAUUACGGCUUAAUACCAGAAGAGAGGACUCAGCUGAAAGAGUUUGUACUAAAUGAUGAGCUCCCAGGCCGCAUCAUCACUGGGAAAGUGUUCAUCAGGCCAAGCAUAAAAGAGGUAAAGGAAAACUCUGUCAUGUUUAACAACACUUCAAAGGAAGAGCCUAUCGAUAUCAUUGUCUUUGCCACUGGAUACACAUUUGCUUUCCCCUUUCUUGAUGAGUCUGUAGUGAAAGUUGAAGAUGGCCAGGCCUCACUGUACAAGUAUAUCUUCCCUGCACAUCUGCAAAAGCCAACCCUGGCCAUUAUUGGCCUCAUCAAACCCUUGGGCUCCAUGAUACCUACAGGAGAAACACAAGCUCGUUGGGCUGUUCGAGUCCUGAAAGGUGUAAAUAAGUUACCACCACCGAGUGUCAUGAUAGAGGAAAUUAAUGCAAGGAAAGAAAACAAGCCCAGUUGGUUUGGCUUGUGCUACUGCAAGGCUUUACAAUCAGAUUAUAUCACAUACAUAGAUGAACUCCUGACCUAUAUCAAUGCAAAACCCAAGCUGUUCUCUAUGCUCCUAACGGAUCCACACCUGGCUCUGACCGUCUUCUUUGGCCCAUGCUCACCAUACCAGUUCCGCUUGACUGGCCCAGGAAAAUGGGAAGGAGCCAGAAAUGCCAUCAUGACCCAGUGGGACCGAACAUUCAAGGUCACUAAAGGUUCAGAAAACAGAGAAAAAGAUGAGGAUUCUAUGAAUAAAGCCCAUAAAAGGAGAGGGGGUUCAAUGAGUUACUUUGAGAGUUUCCCAAAGGACUGUACCUGCCUGGGACUGUUCAUUCCUCCUGAACACUCUUUAUAACAAAGCUGGUACUCCAGCUGGCCUCCCAAAGACCUCAGUCAUAUUCCACAGAAAACCACCACCUCCAUGGGCUCUUAGAGCCAGCCUCCAGCAGCCGAAGGAAAAAUUCCACCUGCUUAGAUCCUCCUUAGAUUACCCUGCUGUAAGAGGCAAAUUGAGCUGCCUCCUUUUAAAGAGUCAAUGAGAACCAACCAAAUUCAACUGGAAUUCAUUAGAUAAAGAGCACAGCCAAGAAGCUUUUAACGGAGAGAAAGCAGGGAGAGGAAAAAAGGGAAAGAAAAAGAGGAACGAAAGCAAACAUCAUGUCAAAAGCAGCAGUUUUCAACCAAACUAGACCCAGCCUAUCUCACAGUUACAUCUGAUGAAGAUAUGACUCAUAACCAGGAAAGGCUUUGCUUCACUUCACUUCGUGGUUUAUAUGGAAAACCCUGUGCGUAAACCUCACCUCACAGAGAGGUCCACAGUUUGGAUGCAGGGACAAGAUUCAGAAACUGUGGAGUCAGGAAAGAGUGAACUCUAUGGGGCCUGUAUAGAUACAGAUCACUUCUCCCCAGCUUUGGUUGGCUCUGCCAACUCCUCAGUAUUGUUCCAUUUCUUACUUUUCCUCGUGACCUAUUUCACUCUUACCACAAAAACUCAUGAUGAAGAAUUACCCCCACUGCAUACAAUCUAGAUUACUCCUAGAAAUGCUUUUCCCUCCAUUGAAACAAAGCUGAUAUUUUAACUUUCCUCAUGAAGCUGACUAGGGGGGAAGUUUAGUGCCCAAGGUGAAACAGGGAAGGAUAAACUCCCCAGGCUACAGUCCAAAUCAUGACACAAGCGGCCACCUGAACCUGAUCGUAUCCACUGCACUGGGAGACUGAAUAUACAUACGGACAAUGACCAGACCGUUUACAGCAAUAGAUUUCUAACCCACAACCCCUGCAGCAAUCAGCUCAGAACAGUCAGGACUUGGUUAAUGAGUGCCAGCUUCUCUACUUGUUGCCCCUGCUUCUAACUCAGCAGUGACCAAAGAAAGCCAAAUAAGCUUCCCAUACCAGUCCCAUAUGUUGUCUUGCUUCUAGUUAACCCACCUCCACCUUCCCCAUGCCAACAACCACCAAUGAGAGUACCUGAAGCCUUCCCUUUCUUUCACUAUAAACACAAACACACACACACACACACACACACACACACGCAAAACCUCCCCUUUGAAUCUGUGCCAAACAUUAGUGGUGGUGCCAGCAAAAACAAAACAUAUAUAUUGUAAAGACUACAGCAGUAAUUAUAAUGCUGCACAUUUUAUACUACUUUAAAAUUAAUAAAAUACCAACUGUUAUCUCACUUAAUCCUCACAAUAAUUAUGUGAUUGGAAAGACGACUGUACUACAUACACAAUUUGACAAGUAAGAAAACUCAGACAAGGAGAUGUCAAUUGAUUUGUCCCAGGUAACAGGUAAAAUGUGGCUGAGUCAGAACACAAGACUCCAGAACAUACAUCAUAGGCUCUUUACCAUUUAAGCCCACAGUCUCCAAUGUCCAAGUGACUCCGGAAGCCUUAGUAGUGAUAUCGCAAAAGCCGUAUUACAAGAAUGUUACUCCAUGAAAGCAUCUGUAAGUCUCUCUCCCUUUCUCACUCUUCCUAUGAGUGCAUGUGGACCUGUCCGCCUGUCAAUUGUCAAUAGUUCAUGCUGUGCCUAGAAUUUCAUAUCUUUCCCUUUAUAUAUACCUUUCAUUUCUGAAUCCAUGGGUUUGAAUCUCCACAUGCAUCUUUUUCCCUACUUAUUCCUCCCUUUUUUUUCCUGACUGUGGCUGUGCUAGGACUACUCUAGGACUAUAUUAUAGAACAGACUCAAAAGAAAGAAAAGUUUCUCAUUUCUAGUCUAGAAAUUAUUCCAUGCACACUACUGAAAAAAGUAUUUUUUUCUGUUCAGAAAAUAAAAGAGUGAAUUCUCAUAAACCUAGCAAAAUAAGAAAUAUGUAAAACAUUUUGACAUUACUCUGUUUCUUGCACACUAUUUAAAUCAGAAGAGCUUCUGAGGAAUUUCAUCACCAAGAGUAAUUUUACGUUUUCUGAAAUUAUUUUUAAUGUUUAUUAAUAGUACCCCCUGCUAGAUCAGUCUUAAGUAAAAUUACCUAUCUUCUCAUGUACCAAUGCUCUGGGUCUUUCCACGUCCUGUCACUUGGAGAUGCUUGGAGAACAAGCCCAGUGCUUAGGAGCAAGGGCCCUGCCACUUACUAGCUGUGUGACCUUGAGCAAGUCACUUACUUUUCCUAAGCCACAGUUUUCCCUUCUAUAACAUAGAAGUUAUCUUCCGAACAUUUAUUUUGCCUCAUAAGGGUGUUAUGAGGAUUAAAUGGCAUGAUCCACAUAAAGUACUUAGCAUAAAUACUGUACAAGGUAUGUGUUCAAUAAAUGACAGCUAUUAUUACUAUGUUACCUAAGCAAGAUGUAUGUUUUAUCACCUGAUUUAUUUUUUCUAGGCCAUAGACCUAGUUUCUCAUAGGGCAUUGACACCACAGUAUGUCACAGGCCUCUCAAAUGCAAUAUGCCCAAAAUUAACCUCAUUUCCCAACAGUCCUUAUUUCCCCAACAGUCCUUACUUAACUACUGACGUCAUCAUCCUUAUCCUCUGUAGGGAAGUAAAAAAUUUCCAUGAAUAAUUACACAUUGACUAAGGACAAUAAUGAGGUUAUCUGAUUUUUAUUCUAUGGUAACUAUUUUAUAACUCAGUAAAUUGUAGAUAACUAAUAGCAAUGCAAAAUAAUUCUUGUCUAUAGGCAUGUAGAUAAUGUCCAGUAGAAGUCUAAUUGGCGUCCCUUCCCCACUGUGCGGAUAACUAGUUUUGCCUCCAUUUGCACAUUCAUUUCAACAUUCCUGAUUUAUACAUGUGUAUUUUAUCUUUAAAUUUCCUUUUGAACUGUUUUUAACAUCUUACCAAUUUCCUUUUUAAUAACAAGUGAAAUAAAAUCUCUAACAUGAGUCUAUCUUAUAUUUGUAUGAAUCACCAUUCUACUUUCUUUGAAAAUUAUCUUUUAACACCUCUUCCAAGGAAUAGCAAUACCAUUUACUAAUAGUUAUGUUUCCACUGAAAGACAUCACCUUUGAGACUCUGACCCUCGUGCCUCAUAUUCAACAGUCUAUGAGCCUUAUCAAGUGUGUCUCUAACACAGAGCAAAGACCACUGUGGUACCGAGUGCAAACACAUGGGCUGUAGAGUCAGAUGGCCCGGGUUGAAUCCUACUUUGCUGCACAACCUUGGGCUAGUUAUUUAGUGUCUUCUAGCUUCAACUCCUUUAUCUGUAAAAUAUUGAAGUAACACUUUACCAUUGCUAUAAGGGAGAGUUAAUGAAGAUAAUACAUGUAAAGCAUUUAGCCCAGUGCCUGGCACGUGGUCAGUGCUCACCUAAAGGUUAACUAUUAUUAUCUCACAGACUCAUCUCUCCCUUACCCUCCCUCCUUCCUCACUGGGUAGUUUAGGCCCAUUUAAUUUCUUGUCUAGGUUAGUGCUACCUGGCUUCCCUGGUCCUCUUGCCACCAUUUAGUCCCUCUACUCCUGCUUCCCCCAGAAUUUGUGGGUGAUGCCAUUCUCAGAAGCAGUCAUAGUAAGAGGAAAUAAAAAUAAAGAGCUUCCUAGGCUCUCCUGACCUCAGUGUCCCUGUCUCAAUCACUGCUUCCCAAUUUAGGAAGUUUCACAUGGGGGCUGUAAACAACUGAGAAAAACAACACCGUUUAGGGUUGUCCGGUCCCUCAUGAGACAGAAUACAUUUUUUAACAUAUUCUAACUUGAGAGCACUUUGAUUAAAAAUGAAUGAAGACUGCAUUUAAUUCUUCCUCUGAAAAAAGAAAACUUGGUUAGACAUUUUAAAGUGGACCUAAAUAUUUUAAGCCAACAGGAAAAAUAUGAGAUCAGCCUCUAUUAUUGAGCAAAUUUCCCUACAGCGUAAAACUUAUACUAUUUAACUAUACAUUAUUUUUGAUUUCAGACAUUCAUUUUUGUGGAAGUAUGAGCAGCCUUUAUAAAGAGUAUGCUUCUUAUUAGAGUUAUAGCCAGAUUAGUAAACAGAAAAGGAGCCAGUGCAAUAUGAGGUUAGAAAUAGGAGCUGAUCUUAAAUGCCGGCAGCAAAGGAGAAUCCAUGUUAACAAAAUGCUCCUCUGCAAAAACCAUACUAUAAAAUCCAGACAUAAAAGGACUCAAAGGAAGAUAUUCCAGGCCAUUAGGGGAGGAAAGUGGUCAUUGUGGAAUCAAAAUGAUACUAAAUGUAUUUGGGGGUGAUUUGGCAAUAUUGUCCAUAAUUUUAAAUACAUGUAUCCUUUGACACAAUUAUGUAUCUGAGUCUAUUCUAUAGAAAUUGUCAUGUAUACAAAGAUAUUUAUACAAAGAUGUUCAUUGUCAUAUUGUUUGUAAAAACAAAAAAGUGUUGUCAAUGAAGGAAAAUGAUGAGACAAGUCUCAUUUCAAGGUUGUGAAAUUUAUUUAGUUACUAAAGGGUGUUAAAUCAGACAAGGUAAGUGCUCUGUUCUUUAUAAGACAGUGGUUGCCAGCAUAUCUAAGA